AUGCAUUUGAUUAUCAAUUUCUCCAGUGUAAACAUCAAAAGUUGAAGGAAAUAAAUCAAAAAAAAUGAAAUUCAUUGUGAUAUUGGCACUUGUAAUGACAGCUUGCCUUGCUGCCCCAGUUGACGAUUCAAGCAACGCUCAAAUUCUAAGAUACGAGAAUGACAAUAUUGGAAUUGGCGGAUACAGAUAUGCAUAUGAGACAAGCGACGGUGUAGCACGAGAAGAAGAAGCUGAGCUUAGGAACGAAGGUUCUGAAAAUGAAGCACUCGCUGUUCGUGGUAGUAUUACGUGGACAGCUCCUGAUGGCCAAGUCUUUACAUUAAAUUACAUUGCUGAUGAGAAUGGAUUCCAACCUCAAGGUGAUCAUCUUCCAGUCGCUCCCGUAGCUUAAUCAGAUCGUGCAAUCUUCAAAACAUUAAAAUUCAAAUUAGGAUAAAUAUUUGUACUGUCUUCGAACUGAUUAUUCGUGAAGUGAAGACUCUUGUUUAUAGUUGCCAUUGAGUUUGCAUAGCUAAAUGAACAUCGUGGAUAAAAGAAAACUUAUGCACAUUGUAAAGUGAACAGCGAUAACUGUGUUGUAAAUAAAUAAAAGUAAAAUUUA